CCAUUUUCUAUUACAUCUCUCUCUCUCUCUCUCUCGAGGUAACCAUGGCAGCUUCUUCUCGUCGAGCCGUUGACUUUCUCACCGUUGUCCUCGUCCUCCUCCCCGUCGUUGUUGUAAUGGCAGAUGAUCACCUUCCAUUUCUCGAUAAAAUAUGCGAUGAAGUGAACUGCGGAAAGGGGAAUUGCACAACGGACGACGUCUAUCCGUUCUUCAAAUGCGAGUGCGAUUCCGGCUGGAAGCGUACUCGCGACUCCGACGACGAUCUCACUUUUCUUCCUUGCGUCAUCCCUAACUGUUCUCUCGACUAUGGCUGCCAGUCGGCGCCGCCGCCGGUACCAGAUAAGCCAGUUCCAAGGAACUCCUCCUUCUUCAAUCCUUGCUAUUGGGCCUAUUGUGGAGAAGGCACGUGUGAGAAGAACAAUACGUAUGCACACACGUGUGAAUGCAGAUCUGGCUUCUACAAUCUCCUCAACAUUUCUGCCUUCCCUUGCUAUAGUGAUUGUACGAUCGGGUCGGAUUGUGCAAAACUUGGGAUUAAAGUUGCUAAUGUAAAUUCAAGCGAUAAUGGAAGUGGGGGUUCGGGUACCGGACAAGGAAACUCCCUUCUACCAGGAAAGUUUGGGUGGGCGGCAAUGGCAAUUAUGUUUGGCAUGACUAUGGAGCUUUGGAACUAGCAGAUCCUUGAUUAUACAUAUAAUUGAUAUUCAUUUAUGUUGUUUACACUAUGUUUUGGCUUCAUAUCGAUUGUUAUUAUAUGUUAUGUCUGAGUUUGGUACAUUAUCAUAUAUAAUAAAUAAAUCAUAGCUCUAGUCGUUAGAGGCUGCCGAUCACUGUUUUUGUACA